UGAAAGCCCGCCGGCAUAGCGGAUUCUGUCCCUGCACAACGAUGACGACGACGACGCCUGUGUCGUGGAUUCACCAUGCGGUGACGACACAUGAGCAGGUGGCGCUGCCGCUUCGGAUGGUAGUGUUCGGCCUAUGACAGGAUUUGGAUCGCGCUUUCAUGGACUGAUUGUUGCGGUCGUGAGUGACCAGCCGUGAGGGAUUGCGCGUGGAGGGAGAGAGGGCUGCGAAGAGGUUGGCUGGGCGACAGUCGGCGGAUCUCUUCUCUGUUGCUCGUGUGUGUUUUUUUCGGUUUGUGGAUAGGGAUGGUUAAAAAGUGAAGAAUUUUCAUCAAAUUAGACUUCGAACCCAGCCAGUUUUUAUCCGGGCCUUUACUAUGUUCUUUCUCAGGAAAUCAUAAAACUGAGUGAAGGACAAGUCUUCAGCUCUGGAUCCUGAGGACUAUCGUUGGCACAAUUCCAACAUGGCAGGGCAUGAAGAGCCUGCUGUCUCUCUUGGCCUUGUGGCUCGUGCCACUCGAUUAAUAAUAAGGUUGGGUCGUUAUCAAGUAAUGGCCAAUAAUGACGAGGAAGGUACCAGCAGAAUUUCAAUGAGGAGUGCACUUCAAGAUCCUGGAAUAAGUAGCAGUGAAAGUGAUGAAGAGUACACGGGAGGGGAAGAUGACCAGUACGAGGACCAGGAUGCCGAUUCAGAGCUUUACUUAGAAGAAGUGAUUGAUAGUGAGGAGUACAAUCAAAGUUCUGGUACCAGAACGACAUUGGGUGGAGGCGACGGUUGUGAAACUCCUGUACCAUUGGACCAUGUUUUAGCUCAGUCUACAGCAAUGCGGCAUUGCCCUAGUGAUGGAUCAGCUAGGUUGGGGAAAGUUAAACGUACAGGCUUGGUUAAUGUAACUACUAUGCUUGCCGGCAGAGAAAUCAACGUUUCUGGUAACGGGAGGUUUUCAAGAGCCGAGUGCUGUCAUGUGGCGGGACGAUAUGUUCCAACCGGUGGACCCUCUGUCGUAGAGCAAUUUAACAGUCGAGCCUACAUUGGGCAAUUUUCAGCAGACGGUACAUUGUUCACAGCAGGUUUCCAGGACCGACGAAUAAGGAUUUACAACGUUGAGAAGGAUUGGGCAGUUCAGAAAGACAUUCAAGCUCGCAACCUUCGCUGGACCGUAACAGACACUGCUUUGUCACCAGAUAAGCGAUUUCUUGUUUAUGCAUCUAUAACACCAGUGGUGCAUUUGGUAAACGUUGGCAGCGAAAGUGGUGAUGUUAGAUCUCUUGCGAAUAUCACGGAUAUUCACGAAGCCUUAAACUUUGCAUCAGAUGCGAGAGGAGAUGUAUCUGGGCUGUGGUCACUGCAGUUCUCCGAAGAUGGUCGCGAGCUUGUGGCAGGCAGUAACGAUAAGUGUGUUUAUAUUUAUGAUUUGGAGGCCAACAAACCAGUUUUACGGAUCAAUGCUCAUAAGGAUGAUGUCAAUGCUGUGACGUUUGCUGAUGAGUCAAGUCACCUGAUAUUUUCUGGAAGUGACGACAAUACCUGCAAGAUUUGGGAUCGCCGUUGCUUUGCUCAAACGGGACGGCCUGCUGGACAGCUCGUUGGGCAUUUAGAGGGAAUUACGUUCAUUAAUAGCAGAAAAGAUGGCCGCUAUUUUAUCUCCAAUGGCAAAGAUCAGGCCAUUAAGCUGUGGGAUAUUCGAAAGAUGUCAUCGGGCCAUACACCGUGCAAGAAAGCUCGAAAGAUCCCUGCUUUUGCGUGGGAUUACCGAUGGAUGGACUACCCUGGCAUGGGUCGCGAUGUACGUCAUCCUUAUGAUCAGUCCCUGAUGACUUAUAAGGGACAUUUGGUGCUGCGCACUCUUAUUCGCUGCUACUUCUCUCCAUUGGCCAGCACUGGGCAAAAGUACAUCUACACAGGGUCACACGAUGGUUGUGUUUAUAUUUAUGACUUGGUAACAGGGAAACAAGUGUCAAGAUUGAGCUUUCACCGAGGCACAGUGCGUGACUGCAGCUGGCAUCCCACACAGCCAAUGCUGGUUAGUAGCUCUUGGGAUGGCUAUCUGGCCAAGUGGGAGCAUUUCCAUAGGGAUGAACCAAGAGUUGAAGUACCCCCCGUAAGCUUCGACUUCUUCGACUACUAAGUUUGGGUUAUGUUUUACCCUCCCUAAAUCAUAUAUUCAACCACCGUGCCCUUGUAGAUCACAUUGAAGCUAUCCAACCUAUAUUAAAGGCUUGAUCUUGUGGGAGAACCAAACGAGUGUGGUGAAGGUCAAUCACUGCGAGUGCCGAUGGAUACCCUCUUGUAUGACACACGAGUGAGCCACUCGUCAAUAACAUUAGUCUUAGCAUAGGUUGCUGGCGGUGCUUGUUAGUAUCGUCAAUUCCUACUGUUGUACAGCUGUAUGUAUAUUAGGAAGAACUGUAGUGUCUGAAAUCUAAAUUCAGGUUUGAGGCUGCCAUCAAAGGUUCUGUUCCUCGCUAUUCAGGUGAUCAUCAUGCUGAAAUAGAAUUGAAUAGUCGCUGCAGUUUGCGGAAGUUUAAAUUUCAGAUCUUACUUUGAAAGCCCAUCAUGUGCGAGUUUUUCUACUGGAAUUACUUUUUGAGACUUACCGGAAGGUUUUUUUAGAAAACUAUAGCUCUGCGUACUGUAUUAUGCUUCUUCAAUGUUAAGCUCUAAUAAAAAAAAUUCCAUAU